AUGCUGGAUUUUAACUACAUCAACCCGACCGCUCUUCCAGAGCAGUACCGCGAGCACCUCCCAUCCCAAGCAGAGUGGAGCACAGAACGAAACGCACAUUUCAUAGGAGGAAGGCCUGUAUUCAUCAGGCCAGACAAUCACAACUUCGACUACUCCCCAGAGGAAUUUGAAAGGACACUUCCCCAUAAUCUUGGUGGAAUAGUGCUCCAGCACAUCGCAGACAGCGGUAUAACAACCUCCUAUCCAGGAGAAAGACCAGACGCCCCUUGGAACCCCCCUGCCCAGAAUCCUGUACCCCAACCGACUCUUGCACCAAUCGUACCCGAUUACAUACCACCGAUGGCUACAGUUACCAUGGAUGAAGGACGUCACCAUGCUAGCCAGAAGGAACUUGGUUUUAGAAAACCCGAGAUCUUCAACGGUUCAGACCGUUCGAAGCUUAGGGAAUUUAUAAACCAAUGCAAGAACUACAUUGCCGGAAAUAGCCAUGUCUACCAGGAGGACAAUCAGAAGAUCGCAUUCGUGCUAUCGCACAUGCAAGGAGGAACAGCAGGAUCAUGGGCACAGAGCUUCAUAGAAACGGAACUCACCAAUGAUGACUUCCUUUCUUAUGGGAGUUGGAGAGACUUCACUGCAAGUGUGAACAAAGCAUUUGGCGAUGAAAAUAUUGAAGAAACCGCUCGUACCUUGCUGCGUAACAUCAAGCAAGGAACUCGUACUGCGGACGACUACAUUGCCGAAUUCCGAUCACUUGAAUCCAAGGCGAAACUAGAAGAUGCCGGAAAUAUUGAGUAUUUCAAGUGGGGACUUAACGACCCACUCCGACAAAGGAUAUAUGAGAUGGAAAGCAUGCCCAAGACACUUGACAAGUGGUACGAAUACGCCUCGCGGUUUGAUAACCAAUGGAGAUCUGCUCAGAUCUUCAAGCGAGGAGCCACUACGAUGACGCGAGGAAAGGGCCGAUCUGUCCAUCGUCCCUACUACUCGGCUUCUGUCAAUAUCUCGCGCUUAUCCCCAGACGAGCGACAGAAGAGAAUGAAAGAAGGAUUAUGUUUCCUAUGCGGAAAGAAGGGCCAUAUAGCCAACGACAGACAAUUUCACCCCCAGUCUGGAAGUUUCACCCGUGCUAGAACGAUACAGCCCGGGUUAGACACAGACACGAUCACAUGGAUCAAGAAGAUGCGAGAAGACCUCGCACAGAAGAAGGAGACGUCGAAGGAAGAAACCAGAGAGGAACAGAUCGCCUAUGUGCGAAACGUCUUCAACGACAUGACUGACGAAGAACGAACCCAAUUGGGUUUUUGA